UGCUGCAACAGCCAUUGCCCUCAUACAACUAAUAAACCCUAAUUCUUGGUAAGAGAGAAUGGGGGGCGGGCGAGCGGAAUGGAUGAAGCGCAUAGCGUCAAUGCCGGCGCCACAGAUGCCCGUGGAGAAGCUCAAGCGAUGGGGCGAGGAGCUCAAGAAGGGCGUGUGGGGCUACUGGGAGGAUCACCGCUGGAAGCCGCUGCAGAUCAGCGCUCGCCAGAGGGCCAAGAUCAAGAGGGAAGUGCUGCUCGCGGGAGGAGACUGGCCUUACGAUAAACCACGCAAGGAGAUGAGGAACGUGAUGAAGGGUCACAAGGGCGACAGGAUCUCUGCCGAGAGGAGGAAGACCACUGCCGAGAUUAUGCAGAGAAUGCCCCAGAUGGUCGCAGACUGCAGGAAAAGAGCCAGAGAAAGAAGGCAAGCCUCAGCGAAGAACAAGUAACAAAAGGGAUUAGAAAAGGUUUACUUCCUUAUAAAUUACAAAGCUCUAUUGGGUAGAAACCUAACAAUGGGCAAGCCAACUCUGGUGCUGGA